UAAAGUCAAGAAAUAUAGAAAAGUCUCAUAACAUAUGCAUAACUACACUGACAAAUUACCCUAGAAAUGCUAACUAUGUCUUUGUAAGCACAUGAAACAUCUUUCUUGGUUUGCUUAUUCUAUCAAGAGCUUGGAAAAGUGGAAAGUUCACAAGCCUAGCUAGAAACCCUGAGGUGGAAAUGGGUUAAAGGCUGUAUGUAACCAAGGAAACAAGCAGUCAUGUCCAAGCCUUAUCCUUUGAAGGCCCUGUCUGGCCAUGGUUGUCUGUGUUCCAGCAGGGUUGUGAUUUCCAGGGAAGAAUGUGGGUGUUGAGAAGGAAUGAGAUGAAUUUAUCUGCAUAUUCUUCUCCCAGGUUGCUCCAGAGAGAGAGAGAGAGAGAGAGAGAGAGAGCAUGAAAGAGUAGGUGACUGCUAAUGUUAAUUGAGCACCCCAAAUUCCCUACAACUUCUCAGUGAUUACUUCUCUUCUUCUAUGUCAAUCAAAUGUCUGCAACUUCAAGGGCUCAUCUGCAGCAAAAGCUCAAGAUGCAGAAGCUAAUGUCAGAAUCUUAUGCUCACAAUGCAUGUGUGUUGCAAACCAAAUGCCAUGGUCGUGCAACAUCUAUUAGGAGAUGUGUGGAAGAAGGGUGGCUUAGGUGGCUAAAAACAUUAUUUUUUUAUCUGUUGUAGAGAGGGAGAGAGAGAGAGGAAAAAGGAUGUCUCAGGGGCUUGAAGUCUCUGUCUAGGGACUUGGACAAUAGGAAAUGAUGCCAUUAGACCAGCAGUAUAGAUUAGACAUGGGAUUCUGAAUCACUGCUCUCCCAGUCUAUUUAACCAUCCACACUCCCUAUUGGCUGAAGACCAGAGUUGUGAGGAUAUCUGUUCUUUCUUUUCUUCCAUUAUAUUCACAGACACUCUUGGACUACAGAGAGGGAGGCCUUUGCUGUCUAGUCCUACUGAAGAAACUAUGAGAAUCCUCAGCUGGGUGCAAAACAAGUUUCAUGGCAGACAGGAGAAGAAGAAAUUUGAUGCUGGAGUGAGUUCAGCCCAUUAUGCUUCAAUGUCUGGCAAUCAGAAAGAAGGACCCAAUGACUGGCCACAAGCACUGUUGACAAUUGGGACAUUAGGCAACAAUGAUCUGAAGGAAGAAUCUCAUAGAGUUGAGUACUCCCAAGACUUGGAUUCCUCACAAGAUUUAUCGGACUUCACGAUCGAAGAGGUUAACAAACUACAGAAAGAACUAAAAAAGCUUCUGACACGCAAGUCGAAACUCAAGUCCAAUGGAUCGGAGAUCGGUGAAGAAGAUCGAGCUAACCUGCCACUGAACAGAUUCCUGAAUUGCCCGUCAAGCUUGGAGGUCGAUAGGACAGCAAACACAAAGCAUGAGUGCUCGGAAAAUGAGAACAAUGGUGACCUCUCGCCGAAUACCAAGAUCAUGCUAAGCAAAUUGAGAGAUGCUUUGUUGGGCAACCGCAACGUGAUCAAGAAGAAAUCCAUCUCCUUUCUUCUCAAGAAGGUGUUUGUAUGCGGUGGUGGCUUUGCACCAGCUCCGAGCUCUAGGGAUCCUGCGCCUGAAUCAAGGAUGGAGAAGAUCUUGAGGGCAAUUCUUGAUAAGAAGAUGUCCCAACCAAACUCUGCUCCAGCUUCAUCAAAGAAGAAAUACUUGGAGAACAAACCAGCUGAGAGAACAAGGGAAGGAGAAGAGGAAGAUAAGAAGAAAGCUCAGUGUAAAUGGGUCAAGACAGAUUCAGAGUUCAUUGUUCUAGAGAUCUAGAGACCAAUUGACAAAGAUGAUCUCGGUGUAAAGUUCUAUACAUGAAGGAAAACCUCAAUGUUACAUAGAAUAAGAAACACAUGCAAACAUGCAUUGGAUUGUUACAGAGUAGCAGUAUGGUCGACGAAUUCUGCUGAUAAACUUGCAAAGGCUAAGUCGAAGAAGGUUCGGUUGUACCGUGACAAUCAAAUCGAACAUUUCUUACCAUUAACUUUCGCGGUGUCUAUAGGACAAAUUUUGGAAUAAUUCAGCACAUUGUUUGAUGAAUCAUCUUUUCCUUGUGCACAUCUAAGGCAAGAUUAAAGAAAAUAAGAAACUAUUAGUUAUGCUUCCAUCAGAUCUUUUGUCCAAUGUAGGCUGAAGCAAAGAGGUAGUACCAUAGUUAGAUUCUUCGGUAUUUUUGGUCUUAUUGUACAUGCCACUAACCAAUUAUUUUUGCUCUUGAUGUACAUGCCACUAACUUGGGGAAGAGCUUCAGGUACAUUCCCCUAACUUGAUUGGAAAGCCGCAUACCAGCAUAAGUUUGUGAGUGUGUGCCUCUGGGGAGAGGUAAGAGUGUGAAGAAAGCAAA